CGGCGGUGCCACCUCAGCGACCGCGGGAGCUGGCGGGCAGCUGUCGAACGACGACGUCCACCAGGUGCUGCAGUCCCUUUUUGGCGACGAGGUCGCUCGCGAGAUUUACGCGACGGGCAACACUGGUGCUGGCGGCGGCGGCGCCAGCGGCGGCGGCGCCGCGCCCGCGCCCGGCGCGUCGGCGGCGGAGCAGAUCGCGGCGGCGCUCGGCGCGGGCGGGGGCUUCCCCAAAAAGGACGGGGGUGCAUGA